AUGGCAAGAUAUGGUCAGAGGCCGGAAAAUGCCCUCAAACGGGCCAAUGAGUUUAUGGAUUUGGAGAAACCCGCAAGAGCCUUAGACACGUUACAAGAAGUCUUUAGGAACAAGAAAUGGGCGUACAACUGGUCCGAAUCGGUGUUGGAGCCGAUCAUGUUCAAAUAUCUAGAACUAUGUGUCGAUCUUCGAAAGUCACACAUUGCUAAGGAAGGUCUAUUUCAGUACCGAAAUAUGUUUCAGUCAGUAAAUGUAGGAUCUUUGGAACAGGUUAUCAGAGGAUACUUACGAAUGGCUGAGGAACGUACAGAAGCUGCUAGGGAGCAAUCCACUCAAGCAGUCAUUGAAACUGAUGAUUUGGAUAAUUUGGCCACCCCAGAAAGCAUUCUUCUGAGUGCUGUUUCAGGUGAAGAUGCACAGGAUAGAUCAGAUAGAACUAUUCUUACUCCAUGGGUAAAAUUCCUCUGGGAAUCCUAUUGCCAAUGCCUAGAGUUGCUUCGUACCAAUGCUCAUGUAGAGACAUUGUACCAUGACAUUGCUCGUAUGGCAUUCCAGUUCUGUUUGAAGUAUUCUCGGAAAACAGAGUUCAGAAAACUCUGUGAUAAGCUCCGUAAACAUCUUGAGGAUAUUUGCAAGCCCAAUGUACAAACUGGCAAUGUCAGUAUUUCCAAACCAGAAACACAGCAGUUGAAUCUUGAGACUCGUCUAUUCCAACUGGACAGUGCUAUUCAGAUGGAGUUGUGGCAGGAAGCCUACAAAGCAAUUGAGGAUAUCCACAACCUGAUGAACAUGUCUAAGAAGACGCCUGUGGCCAAAACAAUGGCCAACUAUUAUGGUAAACUGGCACUGGUCUUUUGGAAAGCUGGUCACUGUUUGUUCCACGCAGCCGCGUUGCUCAAGUUGUUCCAACUGUCCAGGGAAAUGAAGAAGAAUAUUACGCAGGAGGAAUUGCAAAAAAUGGCGUGUCGUGUAUUAGUAGCCGUACUGUCUGUGCCGCUACCGUCUCUACAUCCCGAAUUCGACCGCUUCGUAGAAACGGACAAGAGUCCCGUUGAGAAGGCUCAGCGCUUGGCCGUCCUGCUUGGUCUUGCUCAACCACCGACUAGAGCAAGUCUGCUAAAAGAUGUUGUCCGCUUGAACGUGGUGGCGCUGGCGUCGCCUCAACUCCAGCAGUUGUACGCCUGGUUAGAAGUCGAGUUUAAUCCACUCACCAUCUGCCACAACGUGCAAGGAGUCGUAAAGGCUUUACAGGAGGACCCUAACUCUUCCCUGGCUCAGUAUACUGUAGCCGUAACGGACGUCGCCCUCGUCCGUCUAAUCCGUCAACUGGCCCAGUGCUACGACUGCAUUGAGUUCUCGCGCCUCCUAGAGUUGGCCGGGACUGACAACCUGUUCCAUAUUGAGCGUCUCUUGGUGGACUGUGUGAGGCACAAUGAUAUGCAGAUUCGAGUUGAUCAUGCCAAUAAGUGCGUACACUUCGGUGUUGAAGCUGGAGGUGGCGAAUGGUGUUCUGCUGCUGAUGAGGCCUGCGGUGGAGCCAUACUGCAAGCUACGCCCGCUGAACAGGUUCGCGAGCAACUGGUCCGCGCAGCCGAAGUGCUCACGCGCGCGGUCCAAGCGCUGUACCCGCAGCGGCGUCGUGCGGAACGAGAGCGUGCCCGGCUCCACAUGGUGCAGCACUACCACGAGAACAAGCACGCAGAGCACCACCGCGUACUGCAGCGCCACAAGAUCAUCGAGGAACGCAAAGAGUAUAUCGAACGGCUGAACACGGUGCGGGAGGAGGAGGAGUUGCGCCGUCAAGAGGAGCAGUUGCGCGCUGCGGCCGCAGCUGAAGCGAAACGCUUGGAGCAAGAGCGGGAGGAGCGCGAACGCAAGCGACACGCGUCGGAAUUGGCUGCCAUGCGCGAACGACACUUGCGCGAGCGCAUCGCUCACAUAUCGCAGACUAUGCACGGCAAGAAGGUGUUGCAGAAGUUGGACGAAGAGGAUUUAAAGAAAAUGGACGCCGAAGCAAUCGCCCAGCGCGAAGCAGAAGAGUUGAUGAAGGAGCGACGCGAACUGCAGGCGAGGCUCAAGUCGCAAGAGAAGAAGGUGGAUUACUUUGAACGUGCUAAGCGUUUGGAAGAGAUCCCGCUCCUCCAGAAGAGCCUUGAAGAGAAACAGGUUCAAGACAAGGCAUUCUGGGAACAACAGGAAAAAGAGAGAAUACAACAACUUAUUGAGGCCCGCUCCCGCGACGUGGCCACGCAAGCGCGCAUGGGCCGCAUGCACGUGCACCGCGACGAAUUCAUGUCUCGCCUGCGCAGCGAGCGAGGCGCCGCGCACACGAACCGGCUGGCGCAGUUCCAGGCGCAACUCACCGCGCAAAGGGAGGUCCGCCUCGAGAAGAGACGCAAGCAACGUGUUGAGGCCAGGCGUCAGGAGUGGUUAGCAGAGAAGAAACGCGUAGAAGAAGCAGCCGCAGAGGAGGCUCGUCGUUUGAAAGAGGAAGAAGAACGGCGCGAGCGAGAAGAGAAGGAAAAGAAGCGACAAGAGGAGCUGUCUGCGCUGCGCGAGAAAAAAGAGAGGGAAGAAAGGGAGCACGCUGAGAUGUUGGCCCGCGUGCAGGCGAAGGCCCGCGCCAAAGAAGAGGAGAUUACGCGCAAGCUGGAAGAACAAAAGACCUCCACACAAUCCACGUGGCGUCGCCCGAAGCCCGGCGAACCAGCUGCCGAGAAGAAGGAGCCUUGGAGACCUUCUCGUCCCCGCGAUGCUCCACCGCGCUCACCAGAAAGACGCGGCGAUCGUUCUGCAGGCAGAGACGACCCGCCACCAAGAGACGACAGGCGCGACGAUAGAGCCCGUGAUGAUCGCGGACCAAGGGACGAAAGGCCUCGGGAUGAAAGACCCAGGGAAGACAGACCACGGGAGGAACGGCCCAGGGAUGAGGGCGGCUGGAGGUCAGCUAACCGAGGAGGCGAGCCAGAGAGGGACAGACCACGCUACACCGGUCGGUCCAGCGGCCCUCCAGCUGGAGACAGCAGCAGCUGGCGUCGAGGUCCCGCCGAACCGCCACCUGCCUCUGGUGAACGCUCAUCUACGUGGAGGUCUAAAGAGCCCCCGCGCGACGACCGUUACCGCGACGGACCCCGGCGUGACGAUCGCGACCGUUACCCACCCCGACGCGACGACAGAGAUGGGCCGAGGAGGGACGACCGCGAUGGUCCAAGGCGUGACGCUCCACGUCGCGAUGACCGUGAAAGGGACGGGCCACGUCGUGAUGAUCGCGACAGCCGCCCACCGCCACGUAGGGACGAGAAACCUCGCGACGACGACAAAUGGCAACAAGUCACAAAACGUUAA